UCGGUCGCGCGGACACCCAUCGGCUCAUUCCGGAGCUCUCUGUCGGCACUGACGGCCCCACAGUUGGGUUCGGUGGCCAUCAGGGGUGCCAUCGAGAGGGCCGGCAUCGCACCCGACAGUGUGGAAGAAGUGAUCGUCGGUCACGCACUGACCGCAGGCGUUGGUCACAUGACGGCAGCCCAGGCGGCCAAAGGGGCAGGACUGCCAGUUGAGGUGGUGUGCAGUACAGUGAACAAGGCGUGCGCGUCCGGCAUGAAGGCUAUUAUGUCGGCCGCGCAGUCCAUAAGACUGGGCGACAGGAAUGUGGUGGUGGCCGGGGGUAUGGAAUCCAUGUCUAACACACCAUAUCUACUGCCGCGCGGAGAGUUGCCGUACGGGAGCGCGACUCUCAAAGAUGGCGUUCUCGACGACACUCUCACCGACGCAUUCAGCGGCAAACAUAUGGGCUAUUUGGCCGAUAAGGAGGCCGUCAAAAACGACAUAACCCGCGCCGCUCAGGACGAGUACGCGGCCAACAGUUACCAACGCAGCGCUCGGGCGGCCGCCGACGGCCUAUUGGCCAAAGAGAUAGUGCCGGUGACUGUCGCCGGAAAACGUGGUAAACCAGGCGUUACGGUCACCGACGAUGAAGAAUAUAAGAAAAUAAAUGUCGAUCGCAUGCCAUCGUUGGCGCCGGUGUUCGUAAGGGACGGCACCGGAACUGUUACGGCCGCCAACGCCAGCGGCAUCAAUGACGGCGCCGCCGCCGCUGUACUCAUGUCGGGCGCAGCCGUCAGGAAGUUUGGUGUCAGACCGUUGGCCAAAGUGAUCGCUUACGCCGACGCGGCUGUAGAACCGGACGGCUUUACCAGAGCCCCGGCCUAUGCCAUAUCCGAGGUGUUGGCGAAGGCAGGUCUGGACAAGUCUGAGAUCGCGCACUGGGAGAUCAAUGAGGCGUUUAGUAACGUUCCCUUAAUUAGCAUUAAAAUCCUGGGUUUAGACCCCGAAAGGGUGAACCCAAAUGGCGGUGCCGUCUCUCUCGGCCAUCCCGUCGGCUGUUCCGGCGCUCGUAUUGUCAACCAUUUGGCGCUACACCUGAAGUCCGAUGAGUACGGAUUGGCAGCCAUUUGUAACGCCGGUGGCGGCGCUUCCGCUGUAUUGAUCCAAAAGUUAUAAUACCU